AUGGCGGUCUCUGCCAUAACUCUUUCGCCAAAUACAGAAGGGCUGUCGGGCGGUGAGGCCCCUAUUCCCGUCUUCACCUUGCACGGCUCAUGGGACCCCAACAAGCCGUGGUCCUCGAUGGAGCCUGGAGACCUGGCGCCUGACGCGCGACUAUGUCUGAACUUGCGUCGAAUCAAUUACCUGGCCAAGACCAAGCGAAGAGAUGACAAGCUCAACUCGCAUCGCCUCAACGUACAGUACGUAGCUAUGGCGUGCUGUGACUUCAUCAUGAUCCGGGCGGAACACGGAGACGAUCCCCGCCGCAAGAAAUUAGACUGCCGGUACCAGCCCAGAAACAACCAAAUAAAACCACGAAGCUCCGCCAUCCUGGCAUGCUGA